CUCUCCAGCCCCAAUGAACUGCCAAGAGAAUGAGUAUUUGGAUGAGCACAGGAAGUGCGUCCUGUGCAGGACCUGUAUGCCUGGUCAGGAGCUUUCCAAGGAUUGCGGUGAUGGUGGCGGGGGCGAUGCACAGUGCGUUGCUUGCCCUCCCAGGAAGUUUAAGGACAGCUGGGGACAUCACGGCUGCAAACCCUGUCUGUCUUGCACCCUCAUCAAUCGUGUCCAGAAAUCCAACUGCACGGCGACAGCCAAUGCUGUGUGCGGGGAAUGCCUGCCGGGGUUCUACCGAAAGGCCCGGAUCAGCGGGCAGCUCGACUGGGAGUGCAUCCCUUGCACCAAGCAGACGCCCUCCUCCGAGCCGCAGUGUCGGUCUAGAAUAAACCUGGUGAAGGUAGCGGUUCCCACUGUACCACCACAAGACACAGCCCUUCUUGCACUGACCAGCAGUGCCCUGGUCAUCAUCGUACUGGUACUUCUGGCACUCUCCAUCAUCUACUGCAAACGGUUUUGGAAGAGCCAGUGUCAGCGAGUGUUCCUAAGGACGCAGAACUUCUCGAGCCAGCGAGCGAUGUUCCCCGGCUCAGCUGCGCCCGGCAGAUUUCUGUGCGAAGAACAGAUGUCUGGUCCCUGCUGCCUGGGCGUGAAGAACCUGAGCCCCUGCUACAGGCAGGCAGAAGGCCCGGUGGAAGCAGUUCAGUUCAUUUCGGAUGGAGAAGCCGUUGGUCUGCAACUGCCAGCUCUGCAGCCGGAGCUGGAAUUGACGCAGGUGACAGCCCUGGGCACCGCUCCCAAGGCCCAACUGGUGAGGAGCGUCCUGGAGACUCAGCCCCUCAUCAGGAACUCAGGCUGCAGCGACUGCGUGGCGGGGCCCCUGCCUCCCUGCGAGGCCCGGCCGGGCCCGGCCGCGGUGCCGGAGGUGGCCCCGCUCUCCUCGUGCGCCUCGGAGAUGCAGCACAAGUGGCCCCACGCGCCGGUGGAGUGCACGGAGCUCGACCUGCAGAAGUUCUCCACCCAGACAGACUUCGUGGGCAGCGAGAGGUCGGAGGAUGCCGUGAGCCGGGCGGCGCGGAGAAUGCCCAAAGAGAACCACGGCGGAGCACGAGAGGCGAGGAACGGACUCACGGACCCGACAAGAGCCUCAGCCUUCCUGAGCCCCACUGCUGAAAGGAGGGAGCAGUCCGUGAAUGAUGCCCAGAGCCUUGUGACUCAGAUCAGCAGCACUACCAAGGGUCUCCCAGUAGCAGAGCUGCCCCAUUCCUUGGUGCAGUCGCUUGCCUUCUUGCUAGACCCUUCCUUGAACGGGGUGAAGAAUUUCAGCCACGUGGCACUGGAGCUGGGAGUCACCCCCCAGCUGUUGGGAAGGAUAUCUGGUUUUGAGCAGCUCGUCACCCACUUCGCCUACUCAGGAGACACCGUCACCAUUCCUGUCCUGGCCCAAGCUCUGCAGCGGCUCCAGCGGUUCGAUGCCUUGCUCCUGCUCUGCGAUCACUUUGCUCUCAGCCGCCAGUGAUAAGAGGAGACAGGGAAGGGACAGAGGAAGCUCCAAGCACUGUCUUUACUGGUAGAGGAGAGUCUUUGAUAGGACCGUGGUCACAUAAUCCCUUCAGUGUGCCUGUGGUGAUUAUGUGGAGAUGGUCUUUGCAUCAUGCAACGGAAGCACGUGAGCAGGAGCCUCCCUCCAAGGAGAAGAGCAGAGGAGGUGACUGCAUCACCCGCCCUCACAACCUGCACCUCUGCCCGUGCGGGGGUUGUGAGGGUCUUCUCAGGCCCCUCCAGAAUCAUUUCUCUUCUUGUAUUUACAUUCUUGUCCAGAAACCGAGUGGCCUCACAGCUGCUGUGCCGCUGCUCUGCGGCCAUGGUGUGCAAUGUUCUUUGUAUGUUGUUAGCCCCGUAGGCCUCUGGUCAUUUCUUUAAGGCUCCUCGGGCACAUUUGGUGCCGGGGUCUGGUGUUUUGGGCAGCCUUUGAGCUGCCCUUGCUUUGGCAAUGGAACAAAAUCCUCAGGAGCUGCCCAGGAGGAGGGUCCUCAGGUGCCUUCCCUGGCACCAAGAGCUGACUGCCCCUCGCCUGGCACAGCCUCCAGGCCCAACAACCACUUCUUCCCCAUUCCAGCUUUUCAGAUGUUGGACCUUCUUCAUUUGGCCAAUACUGUGUUUUCUUGAGUUCCUGUUGCCACUUUUUGAGUUUACUUUUUGUUUGUUCCUUCCUCCAUGCAGAGCUCUCGGAGGAGACCCCCCCGUGUGACUGUGACUGCUGUGGCAGAGAGGCCGGGCGUUCGGUUUGCGUGCCACCCCACAGCAAGGUCCAUUUAUGCCACUUCCCUCUUGUGAAACGGUGCGGUUUUCUUAGAUGGCUUUUGGCGUGAGCACCGGAAUUUGUAGAUAAAAGUUCUUAAGGUUUGAUGCUGUGCGACUCCCCGCCGGGCUCGCGGAGUCUGUGCUGCCUGCCC